UUAACAAAAUUGCAGCCUGGAAGAAGAUGCCGCAGCUGUCGUGAAAUCAUUGACUGUCGUCGAAACAACAGGGCUGUCAUUCGGAGAUGCUUUUUCAUAUUCCGUUAUUGCAAUCGAGGAAGUUGUUCUCCAUUCCCAGGAGCGAUAUGUCGUCGCAAACGCACAACGUCUAGGACUACGACUACAUCAACUUCUACUUCCACUACUUCUACUACCACUACUUCUACUACUACAAAUUCUACGACAACUUCUAACACCACCAGUUCCAGUACAUCAUCAACUUCUACUACUACCACGCCUACUUCUAAUAACACUACUACUACAACGCUUAGUCCUAAUAGUACUACUACUACUACAACGCCUAGUUCUAAUAGCACUACUACUACAACGCCUACUUCUAAUAGAACGACUACUACAACGCUUAGUCCUAACAGUACUACUACGACAACGCCUAGUUCUAAUAGCACUACUACUACAACGCCUUCUUCUAAUAGCACUAGUACUACAACUCCUACUUCUAAUAACACAACUACUACAACUCCUACUUCUAAUAGCACAACUACUACAACGCCUAGUUCUAAUAGCACUACUACUACAACGCUUAGUUCUAAUAGCACUACAACUACAACGCCUACUUCUAAUAGCACUACUACUACAACGCUUAGUUCUAAUAGCACUACAACUACAACGCCCAGUUCUAAUACCACUACUACUACAACACCUACUUCUAAUAGCACAAAUGCUACAACUUCUACUUCUAAUAGCACUACAACUACAACGCCCAGUUCUAAUAGCACUACUACUACAACACCUACUUCUAAUAGCACAAAUGCUACAACUUCUACUUCUAAUAGCACUACUACUACAACACCUACUUCUAAUAGCACUACUACUACAACGCCUUCUUCUAAUAGCACUACUACUACAACGCCUUCUUCUAAUAGCACUAAUACUACAACUCCCACUUCUAAUAGCACUACUACUACAACUCCUAGUUCUAAUAGCACUAAUACUACAACUCCUACUUCUAACAGCACAACUACUACAACGCCUACUUCUAAUACCACUACUACUACAACGGCUAGUUCUAAUACCACUACUACUACAACGGCUAGUUCUAAUAGCACUACUACUACUGCAACGCCUAGUUCUAAUAGCACUACUACUACUACUACACCUACUUCUAAUAGCACUACGACUACUACAACACCUACUUCUAAUAGCACUACCACUACAACAGCUUCUUCUAAUGGCACUACCACUACAACAGUUUCUUCUAAUAGCACUACCACUACAACAGUUUCUUCUAAUAGCACUACCACUACAACAGCUUCUUCUAAUAGCACUACCACUACAACAGCUUCUUCUAAUAGCACUAAUACCACAUCUGCUGGACCUAAAUGUCGCCGUACAACAACUACAACCACAACUACUUCUACUACUAGUACAACUACACCGACUUCUACCACCACUACUUCCACUACAACACCAUCUUCUACCAUCACUACUUCCACUGCAUCACCAUCUUCUACCAUCACUACCUCCAUUACAUCACCAACUUCUACCACCACAAUCCCGAUUUCAACAACAGUCAUCUCGACCGAGGCCAGCAACACGAGCAACAGUACCGCUACAACUGUAGAGAGCACGACUGACGGUAAUGGCACAACGGCAUCAAGCAACAGUACCGCCACAACUGCAGAGGGCACGACUGAAGGUAACAGUAUAACUGCAUCAAGCAAAACUACCGCUACAACUGUAGAGAACACGACUGAAGGUAACAGCACAACUGCAUCAAGCAACAGUACCGCUACAACUGUAGAGAGCACGACUGAAGGUAACAGCACAACUGCAUCAAGUAACAGUACAACACCAACUGCAGAGAGCACGAUUGAAGGUAACAGCACAACUAUUUCAACUAACAGUACCGCUAUAACUAUAGAGAGCACGACUGAAGGUUACAGUACAACUGCAUCAAGUAACACUACCGCAAUAUCUGUAGAGACUACGACUGACAGUAACAGCACAAAUGCAUCAAGCAACACUAACGCAACAACUGUAGAGACUACGACUGACGGUAACAGCACAAAUGCAUCAAGCAACACUAACGCAACAACUGUAGAAACUACGACUGACAGUAACAGCACAACUGCAUCAAGCAACACUACCGCAACAAUUAUAGAGCCUACGACUGACAGUAACAGCACAACUGCAACAAGUGACAGUACCGCUACAACUGUAGAGAGCACGACUUACGAUAACAGCACAACUGCAUCAAGCAACAGUACUGCUACAACUGUAGAGAACACGACUGACGGUAACAGCACAACUGCAUCAAGCAACAAUACCGCUACAACUGUAGAGAACACGACUGACGGUAUCAGCACAACUGAAUCAAGCAACAGUACCGCUACAACUUACCGCUACAACUGCAUCAAGCAACAGUACCGCUACAACUGCAUCAAGCAACAGUACCGCUACAACUGCAUCAAGCAACAGUACCGCUACAACUGCAUCAAGCAACAGUACUGCUACAACUGCAUUAAGCAACAGUACCGCUACAACUGCAUCAAGCAACAGUACCGCUACAACUGCAUUAAGCAACAGUACCGCUACAACUGUAUCAAGCAACAGUACCGCUACAACUGCAUCAAGCAACAGUACCGCUACAACUGCAUCAAGCAACAGUACCGCUACAACUGUAACAGCACAACGGCAUCAAGCAACAGCACUGCUACAACUGUAGAGAGUACGACUGACGGUAACAGCACAACGACAUCAAGCAGCAGCACUGCUACAACUGUAGAGAGCACGACUGACGGUAACAGCACAACGACAGCAAGCAACAGCACUGCUACAACUGUAGAGAGUACAACUGACGGUAACAGCACAACGACAUCAAGCAACAGCACUGCUACAACUGUAGAGAGCACGACUGACGGUAACAGCACAACGACAUCAAGUAACAGCACUGCUACAACUGUAGAGAGCACGACUGACGCGUGCACCACUUGUCAAGGCCAAUCGUGUUCAAAUGUUGAAUCUCCAACAGAAGAAGAUUUUCACAUCAACGACGAAACAACUGAUGUAUCGCUGUUACCUGGGAGCAGGUGCCUUAGUUGCCGUGAAGCAAUAACAUGCUUUAGAAAUAAUAGAGCUGUUGUUAGAAGAUGCUAUUUCAUACUCCGAUAUUGCAAUAAGGGUCGUUGUUCUUAUACUCCGGGAAAUAAGUGUUAUCGUACAUCAACCACUUCUACAACUACUUCUACAAGCACAACUUCCUCUACUAGUUCUACUACCACAUCUCCAACAAGUACUGCGUCUACUACAACAACCGCUUCGAAUAAUACGACAUCAACCAACAGCACGUCUACCACAACUACCACAAGGUCAUCUUCCGCUAACACAACAUCCACCACAACUACAACUCCGUCCAGCACUACUACAAGUCCUUCUUCAUCCAGUUCAACUGUUACUAGUACUGCUACAUCUACUGCUAGUACAACCAGUGAUUCUCCAACGUCAACUGGCUCUAGUUCAUCGACUACUAACUCAAGCACAGCAUAACAUCUACAUACCUAAUUUAUAUCAACUACCACACAAGGUUAUUAUGUAUUCCACCAUUGCAUAACAGAACACUAAAUUCACGAAUUCAGUUCGUUCACUCGGUCUUUUAUUACAUUCCAUAAACAACAUUUAUGGAAUCCAUUUGUCAAAUCGAUGUAUAUAGGCAUACGUACGU